AUGGAGAAGCUGCUGCUUUGGCUCCUUGUCCUUGCUGGCCUCUCGGGGAUUGUUGCCCAGCAAGAUCUCUUUGGCCAGGUGUUUGUCUUCCCUAGAACAUCUGCAACUGCCCACGUUGUCCUGGGAACCAAGAACAAGCAGCCACUGCAGAGCUUCACCGUCUGCCUGCGAUACUUCUCUGACCUGACCCGGAACUACACCCUCUUCUCCUACGCCAGCAAGGUCCAUGACAAUGAGAUCCUCCUCUUCAGAGCUUACCCCGGGACGUACACACUCUCUGUGGCCAUGGACUUUGUGACCUACAAUUGCCAGGAGAAAGAGAGCCCUGAAUGGGUCCACAUCUGCGCCAGUUGGGAGUCCGCCACGGGCAUUGCCGAGCUGUGGGUGGAUGGGAAGCCCCUGCCCCGCAAAGGGCUGCAGAAGGACUACUCUGUGAAGGCUGAGGCCUCAAUCCUUCUGGGGCAGGAUCAGGACACCUAUGCGGGUGAGUUCGACGAGAUGCAGUCCUUUGUAGGGGAAAUCACUGACCUGCACAUGUGGGACCGUAUUCUCACCUCAGCUGAAAUUCGACUGGUCAGGAACAACGAGGCUCUGCCUCCACAUGCCAUUGAUUGGAGAAACCUGGCCUAUGAAAUCAAGCAUUAUGUAGUGCUUAAACCCAGUCUGUCCUCAAUGUACCGUGUCCUCCAAGCUGCACAGAAUGGGAAACUGUGAAAGGGCUGGAGGUGUGUGACUGUGUGUAUCUGGGUCUAGUAUGCACAUGUGUGCUUGAAUUUCAUAUAUACAAUAAUCUAUGUCCCUGCGGUCUCUGUGCUGCAGCACAGCCUCUGUGUUGUGCCCAGUGCCCUUCCUACAAACCAGUAAUAUGGAAAAUUCGUGGGGUGCAGCUGGGUCUCAACUACCCAUGUUCCUAGUGCACCUCCAAGCAUGCCAGGCCCAGCUGCACACAUACACACCUUACUGGAGAAAAAAGACAGGCCUUCGUCACCACCAGGAUCAAUAGCAGCUGCAGCUCAUCAUGACAUAAAUGUGAAGUUAAAUUCAAAGGAAUCGCAAGAUUGAAAUCAAGUGUAAAUGGGAACGUAGAAUAAAUUUCACAGCUUUGACUGAAACGUGUCUCAGUGUUUCCUUCCAAACCAUUGCCUGGAUUGCAUGUCUCCUGGAGAGGCUUUACUCUCAUGAAACAGCAGGUUUGGGCAGGACUCAGGCCA